UUAAGCCGUGGUGGUAAUACACGAGGAAUAAAAAAUGUAAAGGCAGGAUCCACCUUCGAUCCAGUAUUAAUCGAACCCAGGCAAUUCUUAAGCUCAGUCACCGAUUGACGUCUUCGUUUUCGCAGAGCUCACUCAGAUCGCUUCCAUGGCUUCCCUCCCGUCUCUCCCAAAACCCAUCUCGCAAACCCAGCAUUUUCCCAUAAACCCAGGUCGCCAUUCAAGGGGUUUGAUCGUAGUUUCACGAAAUCAUCUAUUUUCCGGACAUGGGUUGCUUAAUUUUCAACAUGGGUCGUUCGGAGACGGAGAGAUGAGGCCCAUCAGAAGGUCGAACCGAACCAAAGCUGUGUACGAUUAUGGGAUCCAAGUCUCUGAGGUUCCACAGUUGACUUCCACAGAGGCAAUUGAAAGGCUAAAAGCACACCGCGAAAAUCAGAAUGGUAAGCAACAAUUUCUCGCCAUGUACUCUAGCGUUUUCGGAGGAAUUACGACGGAUCCAGCUGCUAUGGUGAUUCCCAUUGAUGACCACAUGGUCCACAGAGGGCAUGGUGUUUUCGACACUGCUGCUAUAAAGGAUGGAUAUCUCUAUGAGUUGGACCAGCACCUUGACCGUAUUUUAAGGUCAGCAUCCAUGGCGAAAAUUGACCUGCCAUUUGAUAGGGAAACCAUAAGAAGGAUACUUUUACAAACUGUGAGUGUUUCCAAGUGCAAAACAGGAUCUCUGAGAUACUGGCUCUCAGCAGGACCGGGUGAUUUUCAGUUAUCCCCAUCUGGCUGCCAUCAGCCAUCGCUUUAUGCUAUUGUGAUCCAAGAUCAAUCGCCCUUUAGUUCGAAGGGAAUUAAAGUAGUAACUUCUUCAAUCCCAAUAAAACCCCAAUUUGCAACCAUGAAGAGUGUGAAUUAUCUUCCAAAUGUGCUUUCGAAGAUGGAGGCCGAAGAAAAGGGUGCAUUCGCAGCCAUUUGGCUGGACGGAGAUGGAUUCAUCGCUGAAGGGCCUAACAUGAAUGUGGCUUUUGUUACAAAAGAGAAGGAACUUGUGAUGCCUCAGUUUGACAAAAUCCUAAGUGGGUGCACAGCGAGGAGAGUUUUGGCUCUUGCAGAAGGGCUGGUGGGGGAGGGCAAGCUUCAGGGAGUAAGAGUAGACAAUGUGACUGUUGAGGAAGGGAAGAAGGCAGAUGAGAUGAUGCUUAUUGGCAGUGGAAUUCUCGUCCGCCCUGUAGUGCAGUGGGACGAACAGAUCAUUGGGGAUGGUAAAGAAGGCUCGUUGACUCAGAUUCUCCUGAAUCUUAUUAUUGAGGACAUGAAAUCCGGCCCGCCUUCUGUCCGAGCACCUAUUCCUUACUAAGCCGGCACCAGCUGACAUUUCAAUUCUGUUGAAGUUUCAAGUGUCAGAAGUCUAUCAUUACCCAACUGCCACAUUUGUGUCCUGUACACGGAGCUCUGUCCGGAUCCUUUUCUCGACCACGAAGGAUCAACCGUUCAAGGAGGGCGAUUUAGUUAUGAUAAAAUUUAUUUCGGUGCUGUCGUAAAAGCCAGUCAGAGUUUUUAUUUUACUGUUAACAAGCCAAAACUGCUGUGAUGUAUUAUUAUAUGGAAUGUCAAUAUAUUUUUCAGCGUUUAAUGUAUAAAGAUUACUGCAGAUUUGAGCACCUUCA